AUGAUUAUCCUAUCAUGGAACAUUAGGGGUUUAAAUGAUCCCUGCAAAGUAGUUUCUCUUAAGAAACUGCUAGCUGAACAGUGUGUGGAUGUUGUUGGUAUUAUGGAAACUAAAGUGAAGUGUGAUAAGAGUGUUAAGCUUCAGAAGAAAUUUGGAUCUUCUUGGUCUUGGUUUUGUAACUACUCAUCUUCUCAUAGGGGUAGACUAUGGGUUGGCUGGUUUCAUGACAAGGUUAAUCUUUCAGUCAUCUCCUCUCAUGAGCAGUUCAUUCAUGUCCAAAUUAACUCCAAGGAUCUUCAUCAUCAGAUUUUCUGUACCUUUGUGCAUGGCUUACACUCUAUUCAUGAUAGGUUGCCUCUCUGGGAUGAGUUAAUGGUAAUGCUUUCACUUGAUUAUGAGGUCAAUCAUUUUAGAAGUUUUGUUGACAAUCUUGAUCUUGGUGAGCUUAAGAGUAAAGGUUCUUUUUACUCUUGGUCUAAUAAGGGUCAUGGUGAUACUAGAAUUGCUACAAGGAUUGAUAGGGGGCUUGUGAAUCAGGCUUGGUUGAGCAAGUUCCCUCAUGUUGAAUCUAUCUAUCUUCCUCCUCUCCUUUCUUACCACAACCCUCUCUUGGUUGAAGUGAGUAGGUUUGCUACUACUAAGGGGAGACCUUUUAGGUUUCUUAAUUGCCUGGCUGAUCAUGCUGAUUUUUGUUCCAUUAUGGAAAAAAGCUUGCAUAGUGUUACAGGUUGUUCUGUUAUGGUUACUAUUUGGCAGAAUUUGAAAUCCGUCAAAAAGAACCUAAAAGAUCUAAACACUAAGUAUUUUGCUAAUGUUGAUGAGAAAGUGGAUGUGGCUCUUGCCUAUUUGAAAGCCAUUCAGGACCAGCUUGCUGUAGAUUAUUCUAAUUCUGACCUUCAUGUUAAAGAGGCUGAAGCUGUAUCUAUGGUGAAGCAUUGGAUGAAUAUCCAAGAGUCCAUUUAUAAGCAGAAAUCUAGGGUUGAUUGGAUUAAGCUAGGGGAUUCCAGUUCUCACUACUUCUUUUCUGUUAUGAAGCACAGGCAAGGUAGAAAUAGAAUUGAUUCUAUCUUCACUAAAGAUGAUGUCCUUUUGAAAGAUCCUAUUCUUAUUGAAAAUGAGAUUGUGGGGUUCUAUAAAGGGCUCCUUGGUUCUAGUGAUAGCUCUCUCCCUGCUGUUGACUUAGCCACUAUUAGGAGAGGUUCUCAACUCAGCUCUAGUUCUAUUGAUAUUUUGACUUCUAUGGUUACUACUUCUGAGAUUGAUAGUGCUCUAGCUCACAUUGGAGAUGCUUAG